CCCCCCCCCCCCCCCCCCGUCUUGUUGAAUGCCUUACUAACGAUCUAUAAUACAUGUAUGGUUGUAUAUAAGUAUUCCACCUUUCUCCUUCUGUAAAAAUAAGAGGAGUAUUAUUAUUAUUAUUAAUAUUAUUGCAGAUAAUUUAACGGUUUUUUAAAUGAUAUCGUUCUCAAAUCGAUUUUUAAGAGUUCAAAUAGCUUUAUGUAAGACUUGAUACAGUUAACUAUACAUAUUGCAGUUAAAGUAUUAAUCAUCAUAUUCUUACAAUAUGCAACCUCAAAAAUCUUCUAAACCUUUUAGCCCUGUCACAGCCGCGGUGCUCGGCCCAAAGAUGGUCUUAACCUAAUCUAACCCAAAACAUCUUCAUCUGAUGGACGCAGUGCUUGGCCCAGAAAUUUUCCGAACAAGUAUCAUUUGAGGUUACAAAUUGUAUCAUUUGAGGUUACAAAUUGUAUCAUUUGAAGUUACAAAUUGUAUCAUUUGAGGUUACAAAUUGUAUCAUUUGAGGUUACAAAUUGUAUCAUUUGAGGUUACAAAUUGUAUCAUUUGAGGUUACAAAUUGUAUCUUGAUUUUAACUAAAUUGUCUAAAUCAAACGAAGGAGUACAUCAGAACAAAUUUAUGUAAAAGUGCUUGAUAUAAUAUAGUAAAUGAUCUGAAUAAACUGUCCUACACUGUGUGAUGAUAUUAUGUUAGAUAUUAUGUAAAUAGAUUCUAAUUGAAGAGUGUCUUAAAAAGAAUUUUGGUGCUGGUUAGAAUCCUUAUUUUAACAACAUGUAUAAAUGUUUUAAUUUUUAUUGUGUCUGCAUGCAUUAUAACAAUUCCUCCAAUUCUGCGUUUAGAGAAGCAUUGGGAAUCUUCAAUGCCACCUCAAGUAAACGCCGCUCUCUAUUUACGUAUGUGUUUUCAUUUAGAUUAUUUGGACAUAAUUCUUAUUGUUUUUUGAUUAAUUUCUGAUUUAGAUUAAAAGAUGAAAAUUUAGAUUUUAAUCUUUUGACAACCUGGCAAAAUGACCGGAAGCCCUGGCAAAAUGACCGGAAGCCCUGGCAAAAUGACAGGAAGUCUCGGCAAUAUGACCGGAAACAUGUUGAAAGAAAUCCAGAACCCGGACAGUACCUCCUCCAGUGGCACGACCUCCCUCCACAGUGUAAUCAUGAUCCCCCUCUCCUCCUUCCCAGCCAACUACAAGGACUUCUGGAAGUUAAAGGAGAAAAAAGACGAACUGAAAAUUAUUCAGUUUUCAAUAAAACUUCCCUCUCCAACUCCUCUACAAUCUUUCAAGAAAAGAAUUGAGGAUAACAAGGGUAAACUCCUCUACAUGAAGACCUGGGACGACGAAAAGGACGUUAACUGGGACCUGGAGGACGAACUCAAUGACAAGGAAGAGCUCCUGAGAAACCUGGAGAACCUGAACCUGUCCUCCAUCAUGGACGUUUCUUGGCCGGCCGCCAGGAAAGAAGAUGAUUAUACGCUAGAGGAAGAACAGAUUUGGACAAGUAUUCAGAAUUCAAAGAUUGAAUUCAGCCCGAGUAAGAUUGACCUGAAGAGUUCCAGACCAGGCUGGUUAACCUCGGAGAUAUAUCCUCCCGGGGAAAACCAGAUCAAGAAACUACUAUCAGAGAAUAAACUGAUCAAGGACGCCUAUGAUAAACUAUGCAUCGGAGAAAUCUACAUUGAGAACUUGGAUUCUAUGCCUUGGCCCCGAUGGUGCCGGGACCGUCCCCCAGACACAACCGACCUACUGGACAUGCUGGAGUCCGACUCCUGGACGGAGAACUACGAGCUAGAGAAUGAGCUGGAGCUGAUCGGGAAGGAGUUUGUAUUCAAGUGGGAUAUCAAAGAGGAAGAGAGGAUCAAUUAUGAUCAUCAAGAUGAGAAUGUUGGAAGGAUUGGAUCUGAGAUGGACCAGGAUUUAUUUGAUGAGGACGUUGUUCAAGCCACUCAAGACAAGCCAAGUGAAAAUGUAUCGAUGGAAGAGGGGUAUAAACCUGAGGAAGAGUUUAAAAAAGAAAAUCCAGAAAUUGAUCUUAAUUCCAAUGAUGAUCCACACCAAGAGCUGAUUUUUGAUCAGGAUCUAAAUCCGGGAAAUGAUCUUAAAACAAAAGAUGAUCUUUCCCAAGAUAUCUUUGAUCAGGAUCUAGAUCCAGAAAAUGAUCUUAAAUCCAAAGAUGAUGUUGACCAAGAUAUCUUUGAUCAGGAUCUAGAUCCAGAAAAUGAUCUUAAAUCCAAAGAUGAUGUUGACCAAGAUAUCUUUGAUCAGGAUCAAGAUCCAGGAAAUGAUCUUAAAUCCAAAGUUGAUCCUGACCAAGAGCUGAUCUUUGAUCAGGAUCAAAAUCCUGAAAUUGAUCUUAGAUCCAUAAAUGAUUCUGAUCAGGAGUUGAUCUUCGAUGAUAAAAGUUCAAAAGAGAUGGCGGAGACUCAAAGCGAAAAAGAGUGUUCUCAUGCCUUAAUCAGCUCUAUUCUUGAAGAUAUAAUACUGGAAAUUGAGCGUCAUGAAAAAUAUUUCGACGCUCAUGAGCAUGAACCUUCUAAAAAACCUUCUGAGUUUCAGCAUAUAUCACCUAACCUUGCUGAAGAAAAUUGUAAACCAAUGUCUGAAUUCAAUGAUGGACAAAAGUUUGUUUCAACUGAAAUUCUGGAAUCGGAAGAGAUUGGUUUAAAUCUGACAAAAGAUGGAGAUAUUCAAAUAAUCAUGAAAGAAGAAGAAACAGAAGAAAACAUAUCAGACUCAAACACUGGUCUGAAAGAGACAGAGUUAGUUCAGAUAUCUGAAGAUAGAAAACAACAUCCAUGCUCUGUAUCUCAGGCUCCCCCUUCAACAGUGAAGAAAAGAAUAAAGACCAGAAACUGGAAAAAAUUAAGAAAAUACAUUAAACGUCCUAGAUCAGAUCCUAAACUCUCUUCAGUUACAGGGCAGAAGUCUUUUAGACGAAGAAAUGGUUUACUAAAUCAACCAGAUCGUUCGAUAGGGAGCAACGGGGAUUCAAAUCCUUCCACCAAUUCAUCCCAGAUCAAUGGAGAUUUAUUCAGCACGACUAAUCAUCAGAAGAUUGAGGAUUUCUAUUCUGAAACCAAUAAGAUUAAAAAGGAUUGGAUCCCUACUUCAGAUCCUACCAAAGAAUGUAUUCCUACUUCAGAUCCUACCUGGGAUUGUAUUCCUACUCCAAAUCCUUCCCUUAUCAAGGAUUUUAUUCCUACUCCAGACUCUAUCAUGAUCAAGGAUUGUAUCCCUACUCCAGAUCCUACCCUGAUCAAGCAUUGUAUCCCUCCUCCGGAUCCUGCCUUGAUAAAGGAUUGUAUUCCUACUCCAGACCCUACCCUGAUCAAUGAUUCUAUCCAUACUUCAGAUCCUUCCCUGAUUAAGAAUUCUAUACUUACUCCGGAACCUACCCUGACUAUGGAUUGCAGUACCACUACUAAAGAUCCUACCAUGAUCAAGGAUUUCAUACUUAUUCCAGAUCCUACCCUGAUAAAGGAUUGUAUCCCUACACUAGACCCUACCCUGAUUAAGAAUUGUAUCCCAACUUCAGAUCCUACCCUGAUCAAGGAUUGUAUCCAUACCCCGGGCCCUGUUCUUGUUCCAACUCUGAUUAAUAAAACUCAGGAUCCUUCCAAUGCUUUUAAACUGAAACCAAAGAAGGCAAUGCUAAAGAGAUUCUUGAGUCAAAGUCAAAAUUGUGUGCCUCAGUUCACUGAUAAACCUGAAGAAACUGUAGCUGUACCUCUCCUUCAAACGUUUAAUCAAGAAAUUGCUGCUGAAAUUGUUGAUCAAAAAGUGUGUGAUAUAAAUGUAAAUUUUGUUGAACCUAUACCGGGCAGUUUGAAGCACACUAAAGAAAGUGAUAUUGAAACUACAGAAAAUGUUUUCAGUGUAAUAAAUCCACCACAAAAUGAUACCAGUAUGAUUUAUCCUUAUGAAAAUGAAUCCAGAGGGAUUCCUCCUCUUGAAAAUGGAUCCAGUGAUAAUCAAGAAAAUGGAUUACACCAAAAUAAAGUCGAAAUUUUGAAUCCCGAGAAAAAUAACACAUCUUCAGCACAAGUUGAACAUGAUAAUUUGGCUCCAGCACAAGUGGAACCUGCUAAUUUGGCUCCAGCACAAGUUGGACCUAAUUAUCUGACUCCAACACAAGUUGAACUUGAUUGCUUGACUCCAGCACAAGUGGGACCUGAUAACUUGACUCCAGCACUUGUUGAACUUGGUAACUUGACUCCAGCACAAGUUGAACUUGAUAACUUGACUUCAGCACAAGUCGAACUUGAUAACUUGACUCCAGCACAUGUUAAACUUGAUAACUUGACUCCAGCACAAGUUGAACUUGAUAACUUGACUCCAGCACAAGUUGUUGAUAACUUGACUUCAGCACAAGUUGAACUUGAUAACUUGACCUUAUUACAAGUUGAACCUGAUAACUUGACUCCAGCACAAGUUGUUGAAAACUUGACUUUAGCACAAGUUAAACUUAAUAACUUGACUCCAGCACAAGUUAAACUUCAUAACUUGACUUCAGCACAAGUUAAACAUGAAGCUCUUAAUUCAAACCAAGAUAACCCUGCUGAAAACAUGAUCCAAAAACAAGUUUUAGAUUCUAAAACUUUUAUUACUCCAGUCACACAAAUUAAAAGUAAUAACUUUACUUCAGUAAAAGCUAAUUCUGAAAACAUGACCCAAGCCCAUACUCAUGAAAAUCUGACUUCAGAUCAAUUUGAACUUGAAAACUUGGUUUUAGUCCAAGCUAAACCUCAACCUGUAGAUCUAAAUCAAGCACAAUUUGGGCCAAACACAGUGACUUCAAUCCAAAUUGAACCAGAGAAACAUAACCCAGAGCAAACUGAACCCAUCAACAUAACCUUUACUGAAACUCCCAAGGUAUCUUUAGUACCAAAUAAAUCUGCAGAAACGACUCCAGAGCAAGAUGAACCUUUAAAUAUGGUGAUUGAACAAAACAAUCAUGCAAAUAUAGUCUGUGACCCCAAGAAGGUACAUGGAGAGGAGGUCCUGGAUAAGAAACAUCAGGAUGAGAAGGUCUUAAGUGAAAAGGUCCUGGAUGAGAAGGUACUGGAUGAUAAAGUCCAAGAUAAGAAGGAUCGGGAUAAAAAGGUCCAGGAUGAAAACGUCCAGGAUGAGAAGGUCAAGGUCCUGGAUAACAAAGUCCAGGAUGAAGAAAGAAAAGAAGAGAAGAGGAAAGGAUUAUUUGAUGUCUCUAUCUGUCCUGAUAAAAACUGUAUUCCUACAAAGAGAAGAUACAGCAAACCAUCCAAUGUUUCCCCCUUGGAGGACUGGGUUCAUGAGAACCUUUUCCCGGAAGGAGUCAACAUGUUUGUGAGGGAAGAAGUUCUGCAGGAGCUCCUCUAUGAACCCAGAACAACAUAUUUUUCCAGAAGGCGAACCAAAGACAGGAUCAGAGAGGGCAAUGAAAACCCUAAAGAGGGGAUUAGAAGUAAGCUUUUGUCUAAAAUUAAAAACUUGGCAAAAUCUUCUAAUUCUGAUAAAAAGGACGGAGAAAAGUCUAAGUACUUUAAGAAGCCUGAUGAUCACAAGAAACAGCCUGAUAUUCCUGUCCAAGCUACAGUUACAGAAAACUCUCACAAAAGGAAUGAUUCACCUAUGCUGGAGAAGAAGGAGAAGGACUGUUCCUGGAUCCUGGUCCAGGAGUGGUUAACCAACAUCCCCAACCUAUUGACCAACCUGGAGAUGGAGAAGGGUUUGACCCUGGUGGUGAGGAACCAGGCGGAUUAUGAGAAUAAGAUCCAGUUCCCUGACAUCAUGCUGAGCCCCAGUGUGGGGAUAUUUAUCAUCUGUAAACCAAAGUCCAGCCCUUACACUUGUGCUAAACUAUUUUUAAUGAACUACUCCUUGUUCAAGAAGUUGUUCUUCCUGAUCCUGGAUACAUGCAUAGAUCAAUACCUGAAGGGACUAUCGGUACAAGCGUUUUCAUCAGAGCCUGGAUCUAGUUGUCGAGUCUCUACCCUGCUCUGCUCUAAGAGUGAACUCCCAAACCUAAUAUCUAAGAUCUACAGGAUGGAGGAGAUUAGCCCCAGCCUGUUGGGCAGCGAGGUGAUCACCUGCCACGAGAAGUUCCUUGUCAACAUCUGUCCAAACAUAAACCCAGUCCUAGCUCAAACAAUACUUCACAAAUAUAGUCUGCUGGAGGUGCUAACUCAAAGUGUUGAGCAGCUGGAGAAAUCAGUUCCUGAGCUGAGCAAGGAUAUGCUUAACCUUCUCAACAAGGUUCUAGAUGUUCAGCAUUAUUUGAUUCAUCAGAACCACAACAAACAUACAGGGCAACCUGCAUUUAUCCCUGCGGUAUUGAAACCAAUGGUUCCUACUGAAGAAUAUACACAGCCUGUUGGUUUUAUUGGAUCUGUUUCUUCUCAAAACUAUCUAGAUAACCUUGAUACUGAACCUCUGACCUCAAAACGGUUCAAACCAGCAACUGAUGAAGGUUCAAUUGGAUAUAUCCAACCUAGAGGAUUGGUCCGGCCGGUGCCAUUUCAUCCUGGAUAUGUUGGAUACAGAACUAGCUCGAGCCAAGAUCCUGUUGAUCACGUUCCUCGGGAAUCUGGACCUGAGAUGUACAACCACUCUCAGUUUAAACCCAACCAAUCUGAUUAUCCUGUAGACUAUAAUUUGGUAGAACCUAGACCAAGAUUAAUACAAUCAAAACCUUCAGAGCCUUUCUUUUCAGUUCAGGUUGGAGCUAAUUAUAAAUAUCAGACAUACACUCAACAAGAACCUGCCGGAUAUCAGCCAUCCGCCGGAUAUCAGCCAUCCGCCGGGUAUCCGCCAUCCACCGGAUAUCCGCCAUCCGCCAGAUAUCAGCAAUCCGCGAGAUAUCUGUCAUCCUAUGUACAUCAACCAUCUGCCGUAUAUCAGCCAUCCGUAGGGUAUAAACUUUAUGCAAAUGGACAUGCUCCGUCAAUGGUUAGUGAAACAAAUGGAAAUUCAUAUUUGGAUCCUAUUGAUUCAAUUGGAUACAAUCCAGUCCUGUCUUCCGAAAAUACUCUCUCUGGAUACAACUCACACCAAACCAGUGGAUACAAAUCUCAGCUUCCUGAUCCGAUUGGAUACACAUCUCAGAUGGCUGAUUCCAUUAGAUACCAAACUCACAACCCUAACCCCAUUGGAUACGAACCUCAGUUAUCUGAGUCCAUUGGAUACAGACCUCAGCUUCCUGAACCCAUUGGGUACAGACCUCAGCUUCCUGAACCCAUUGGGUACAGACCUCAGCUUCCUGAACCCAUUGGGUACAGACCUCAGCUUCCUGAACCCAUUGGGUACAAACCUCAGCUUCCUGAACCCAUUGGGUACAGGCCAAAGGAGUUUACCCUUCAUCAGGAUUCUGCAUCCAUGACUACUCAGUCUCCGGUAUUUGGGCCUAAUAGAUACACUCCUCAGUUUCUUGGGACAAAUAUAAACCUUCGGGAUCAAGCAAUGGGAGUGAACUCAUCAAAGUCAAAGAGCACAGAAAUAUCCUCAAAACCUCGCUCCUAUGAAUUCCGUCCACCAAUCAAGAAAAAUUGAAUGCCUGGUGGAAAUGCACGAAUUCGGAUCGUUUUUGCAAAUUUUUUAAAUUAUAAACACUUCUGUAUUAUUGCAAAUUUCUAAAUAAUAAGCGCUCCUGUAUUAUUUCUAAUUUCUAAAUAAUAAGCUCUCCUGUAUUAUUGUAAUUUCUAAUUUAUGAUAAUUCCUGUAAAAAUGUGUAAUUGUUCUAACCCUACAAUAUUGGUUCAAAAUAUAAAUUCUUAGUUGAUGAA